AUGGCAACGGACAAACAAAAUGGACAUAUCCCUAAUUCCGAUAAUAAAAAUGUAAGCUUCACACAAAAUGAAACAAGCGAUGAUAAAGCAAUGUUUGAGGAAGGUAUCAAAGAAAACGUUACCAUUAAUAUUGACAAUUCCGAAGGCGGGAAAACUGACAUCUGUCAAAAUGGCAAAAUUGAAGAAAAAAAUGGUCUUCAUGAUGACAACAAUAAAUUGGAUGUAUCUAAAGAUUUAUUAGGUGCACCAAGGGGUGGUCACAGGAUGUCGUUUAUGGAAGAGGAGAGCGCUAAAGAGAAAAUGAGAUUGUCUCUCUUAAAGCAAUGUUCGGCCAUUUUGAAACAGGGCGAUCAGUGGUACAACAAGGAAUCCUUACAUCGGACCUUCCAGGAUGAGGUAAGUUUAGAAAUAUAA